CAGCACAUUUCAUGCAGCACAACGGCCUUUCUCCAUUUUGGUGCAAGCUUGACGCCCCGAUGGUUUUCCGUGCAAUUCUUCAGACGAGGGCGGGUGUGAUGAUAUAUGUCCUUCUUCCCGCUGAGAACGAAACCUUGUCUGCUUGCAUCUCCCUCAGCUGCAUCAACUAGUAUACUUUUAUCUUCUUCGACUAAAGUUUCUUGUCUGUCUGAAUAUUCUGUUGUAAAAAUAUAUAUGAAAUGAGCCAGUUCCGCCUCUUUCCCCCUCUCACCCCAACAUCAUCAUCCAAAGAAAACCUUCCCUCCAGAGGAGGCAGAGGCAGAAAAGUCUUAGUCGACAACACUUCCUCAUCCACACCAACUCUCCUAGAAGACCUAAAAGGUUCCCGAAAAACCGACGCCGUGCUCCGUCAGAUUAGGGAGAAUGCAAAAGUCAUCCAACCGCCAAAGCCACCGCCAAAAACACAUGUGACCAAGCCAGCUGCAAAAUUCUCUGAUAGACUGCAUGGUGUGGGUCGAGGAGAUGGUGAUGAGAAGAGGCAGGAACGGAAGCCGGAGCGAGUGGCUUUAUCUAGCUCAAGUACGCUUGUGGAGAAUCGGUCUCCGGGGAGAUUCUCAGCCUUGAGCAUUCCCAUUAGAUCAGUCUUUCCGCGGUAUAAUCCGAAUCUGCCUCUCAAUCAGCAGGACUAUUAUCCGCAAUUAUCAAGCAGCAACUCAAGAUCCCACCAGAAACAAAAGGGUCUGGUCCUCUCGCCGGAGCCGGAUAUCGACCGUACCCUAGGACCGAAAACCGUGCCGGCAAGUGUAAUGGACUUUCCACCGGGUGUUCUCGACUCUACAGAGGAACUGUAUUCCUCUACAGCAGAUCUCCAAGGCCUUUGGGAAGCUGCCAAUGGCCAACGACCAGAUUAUCCUACUACAAACUUCAAUUUGCGCCUCACACGAACCGACCCAACAACAUUUACAUUCAGCUCCUCCCAACACCAACACUCUUUCUACACCCUCCGACUCACCACCCCCACCGAGCUAACAAUCUCCCGAACAAACCCCUCCAAACCAACCAACAGCAUCCCAAUCAUGACCCUAACCCUCGAGAAUUGCACCCGUCGCGAACCCCCAAACGAUGGCCUCGUUUCAGUAAUUUCAUCUCGCAUAGCAGCAAUGCUCGCCAUUGAGCAGGUCGACGAACUCGUGAAACAGCAGCAUCUAACGCCAUCGGAAGCGCUAGAGGCGGAAAGGAAAGCGCUUAAACGAGCGGAAGAGCAGGAAUCUUGUCGUUUGGUGUGGAAUCAAGAUCUUCGUUUAUUCACGCUUGAACAUCCAUCGUUCUCAAAACAGAGUACGCCAGCACUGGUUGGUGCUGCUGGAAUCCCGCUUUCACCUGCACGGUCUAAGGGAUCUGGUGCUGUACAUAUCACCGUCUCGGCACCAUCACCAAACGAUAACAAUUUUCAACCACCAACAAUCCUAGCAACGAUACCCACACCCUCAAACUCCACAUCCACAGACUCUUCCCACCUCGCACCAACACCACGUACCUCAACUCUCCCACUCACGGACACAGAUGGCCCACUAGCAUCCCUAGAUCUCUCUACUAAAACACUACAUAUCUCCUCGGGAGCAGUCAUCGCGACGAUCCCAUCAUUAUACGCGAUUGACUCCGUAGUUGCGGGGGUCCUGGCCGUUGCUGUUGCGGAUGAGGGGAGCAGGGGUGUUCUUAUGGGAAUGGAGAUGGGGAUGGGAACUGGACGGUUUCAAAAUCAGAGUACAAGGCAGGAAUUGGUUUCAUCAGUUGCGGAGAGGGAUGAUGCGGUGAUGGGAUGUGCUCUUGUGGAGGGAGUUAAAUCGGGUCCUAACACAAGCACGGUUGACAACGAUAAGCAAAAACCCAGCGAUGAUACCCCCAAACCCUUCUUCUGGAACUGGCUCCGCAAACCCCACCCCCGAGGACCGAAACAAAAGAAACAAAAAAACAAACAAAUCGUGAUCGAAGAAUUCGACCUUGAGAAAUACGGCCGGUAUGGACCUAGUUCCUCACGGGAGGGAGAAAAACUACCUUCUAUCGCACGGGGAGUGUUGAGGGUGUUGUUCUGGGGGUUAGACCUAGUGGUUAAAUUGUUGACAGCCACGGUCAAGAUGCUGGCUUGGGUAUUGGUUAAUCUGACGAGGUGUGUUACCAGUGAACGAUUUUGAUAGCAAUAGCAAUAGCAAUAACAAUAGCAUUAAUGAUCCAUUACAACAUUAAACACU